GGCCGGGCUUCAGUGGCUGGGGAGGAAAGGUUCUUGUCUCGGGAAUGUAUUAGAGGAGCCAUGGCCUCGACCGAGAGAAGACACGAUCUGCAUUUAACAAGCUCAGGCGUCGGGCUGCAUUACACCCCGGCCAGAUACUUCCCACCCUCUGACUUCAAAUCAUUUCUGAAAGAUCCAGUCCCUCUGAAACUGAGGGAAAGAGACACUCUUCAUCCCUAUGAUGAAGUUUUUAAUAACUUUGAAACCACCACUGGCUCAACUCAUAAUCUGAAGACCAUUGGAGGUGUACUUGGCCAUCCACACCACGUAAAAUUUCCCAAUCACUGGAAUGUUCAUUACAUUACAGAUUUGUCAGAAAAGCUGAGCAGGCGAGACUGGAGGACUCCUCUGAAUAUGGCUAACCAAACGAGUGAGAUGAAGGACAAAUACACUGGGAGGCUUCCGCAAACCCUGGAGACUGCAUUUAAGGCUGGGCCUCAGCCGUUCAAUCUGGCCAACCAUCACACAAAUGGACCAUCUAAAAAUAUCAUCGCCAGUACAGAGAAUCCAGCCCUGACCAGUCAGGAGUAUUAUGUACGAGACAAAGAUGUUCUGCGUCUCAACGACAUUUAUUUAACCACGACUAACAAGGAUUUCAGGGCCUUUAAGAAGGAGGAGUUGGAAGGUUUUCCAAAGAAAGACAUAGCAACGUACUGGGAAAUGGAAGACUAUCCGAAGACCUGGGGCCAUGGCCUGAAGGAGAAUCCUCUGCCCAAAGAUGCCCAGAGGAUCAUUCGUGGCCCUGGCCCGAUGAUUGACCCCAGUGUGUUCAAAUCGGCCACCAGAAUUCCUCCACUCCCCAGGCGCCUGCCGCCUGUCCCAAAUCGGGGACUCAAGACACAAUACCAGGAUGUGUACCAGCAGCCCAAUGAUGUCAAGCGCAAACAGGACCUGUAUUACCAACUGCAGGCCCCCUGGGUGGUGACCCGGGAGGGCUCAACCCCAGAGAUCCUGUCUGUUCCUCACAUGUACAAGACGGAAUAUAUGUCGUACGGGAAUGAGCGGCCCGUGAUCAUGUAAAAGGAAAAUGUGGUGCCUCCUCUUCCAAAAAAAAAGAAAAUUCAGCCCUGAGUGAUUAGUUCAGAUUUUGCAAUGGUGAUUAUUUUGGAAACCUGCAUCUGAAACAUAGAAUCAUAUAUCACAGAAGGUGGCCAUCCAGCCUCCCAUCCCUGUACUGGGUCUCUGAAAGAGCUAUCCAAUUAGUUUCACUCUCCUGCUUUUCCCCUUUUCUUAACAAAAAUCCUUUUAAGAUUUAUUCAAUUCCUUUUUGAAAAUUACUAUUGACUCUGCCUGACUGCCCUCUCAAACAGGCAGCAUGUUACAGAUCACAAGCACUUGUUGCGUGGAUAAUUUCUCAUUUACUCCACCUCAAUCAACGAGAAAUUUUUCUCCACGAAGCUGGUCUUUUCUGAUUACUGAGCCUCUUGCUAAUGAAAACAGUUUUUCCUCAUUGAUCAAACCCCUUCAUAAUGUUGAAGAACUUUAUUCAGUUGCAACCCCUUCCCUUCCCUUCCUGAAUCAGAGUUUACAAUUCCUAAUGAUAUCCCUCUCAUGUGAUAGAUUCUUGUCAGUUUCCUUAGAAGCACCUCCCAAAUCAGUCAGUCAGUGCCAGCCUUUUUAGUUAUACUGCCACAUAGCAAUACAAUACAUGAAGAUUGGGAAAUAAAUAACUGAAAUAUUUAUAAGCAUUAUUUUUUCAAAUAUAUUUCUCUGGGUUUUUAUUUUAAGUGAUCAAACUUUCAGGAGGAACAUGGCAAUACAGGGAAUAGAGCAGGAGUAAGCCAUUUGGCCUAUCGCCAGUUAUCCAUCAUUUGACUAGAUCAUGGUUGAUCAUUUGUCUCAAAGCCAUAUUCACGCACAGUCUCUAUAUCCCUCAAUAUCUAUCAGCCUCGACCCUUACACUCGAUGACUGUAUCUCCACAGCAGUGUACCCACAAAUUAUUGAUCAAUAGCACUGCAUUGGGAGGACAGAAAACAGAUCAGAAAUAAUUAAUUAAACUGAGAAGAUGGGAUGUUUACAGUGUGAUUUAUUUAUUUCACCUUUGGAAUGAGGUAGCCAGGUGCAUGUAGUUAUCAAUCCUGCUGCUCUUAGAUAACAUGGUGUAGAGCUGGAUGAACACAGCAGGCUCUUUGUGUGUUCCAAAUGCACAGGCAGUGUUCGCUCUGCAAUAAUGGAGAAAAAUAUCCAAGCCAAUUUGUGCACAGUUAGUUCCUGCGAACAGAAUGGUGAUUAAUGGCCUUAAACAUUCUCUCCUUAAUCCACAGGUGUCCAUUCUGCCAUCCGCAAUACCCCACUGCAGCAAAUCGCCGCGAUUCUUUUGAAGGCACCUUUCAAACCUGUGCCAUCUACCACCUGAGAUUGGCAUGGGAACACCGGUGCCUGCAAGUCCCCACUCCAUACACCAUCUUGAUUUCUAAUUACAUUGCCCUUGCUUCAAAUGUCUGUGUCAAAAUUCUAGAAUAGCCCCUCGACAGUCCAAGGGGUUGCAGUUCAAGAAGGCAGCAGCUCGCUGGCACCUUCUCCAGGGAAUCCCACGCCAGAUAAUAAAAAUGCUGGCCUUGCCGGCCAAGCCCAAAUACCAUCAAAGAAUGGAAAAAAAAACACAAUCUAUUUUAGGGCUACUGCUUGAGAGAGAAAUACUGACUGGGACAGAUAAGCUGAUUACAGAGUAGCAACAAAUCCUAUGCAAUGACUUCAUGCUUCUUGGGCUUUAAGUUCCAUUUAUUUUGCAGAAAUGAUGUAAGCAGCAAUCAUGGACACUCUCAUGUUUAUCUGAACUCAUUUCACCUCUCGUAUUCCACUGUUGGAUGUAGGGAACAGGGACAGCCAUUAAUGAAGUUUAUCCAAUCCCUCUCUAAUACAGUUUUACACCACUGUAUUCACACCAGUCAUAAAGUCAUUGAGUCAUACAGCACAGAAAACAGACCUUUUGGUCCACACCAGCCAUGUUCCCAAACUAAACUAGUCCCACCUGCCUGCACUUGGCCCAUAUCCAUCCAAACCUUUCCUAUUUGUGUACUUAUCCAAACAUCUUUUACAUGUUGUAACUGUAUCCGCAUCCACCAUCUCCUUUGGAAGCUCAUUCCACACAUAAACUACGAUGUCCAUGUUAAAAAAAUUACCCCUCAUCUUUUUUACAUCUUUCUCUUCUCACCUUGAAAUUCUUGAAAUCCCCCACCCUACUGAAAAGACACCUGCCAUUCACUUUAUCUAUACACCUCAUGGUUUUGUAAAUGUCUAACAAAGCCUUCCUAUAGUGUGGCAAACAGAUCUGCACACAGUAUUCCAG